AUGUGCGUGGGGACCCAGCCGCCCAGGGCACCGGGCUCAGCCCUCCUGCUCCUUGGGCUCGUGCUGAGUGCUGCGGCCCAGCCCCACUGUACUGGGGACACCUACCCCAGUGGCAACAGGUGCUGCAAAGAGUGCCAGCCAGGUUAUGGGAUGGAAAGCCGCUGUAUCCACAACCGGGACACAGUGUGCAGCCCGUGUAAGCCCGGCUACUACAACGAGGCCGUCAACUAUGAGCCCUGCAAGCCCUGCACCCAGUGCAGCCAGAGAAGUGGGAGUGAACCCAAGCAGAGAUGCACACCCACCAGAGACACGGUCUGUGGCUGCAGGCCGGGCAGCCAGCCCCAGGACAGCUACGGCUACAAACGUGGAGUUGACUGUGCCCCGUGCCCACCAGGACAUUUCUCCCCGGGCAAUGACCAGGCCUGCCAGCCCUGGACCAACUGCACCUUGUUAGGAAAGCGAACAUUGCGGGCGGCCAAUAGCAGCUCGGACGCCAUCUGUGAGGACAGGAGCCCCCCGGCCACACCACCGUGGGAGACCCAAGGCCCUCCAGUCCAGUCCACUACUGCCAAGCCCACCACCUCCUGGUCUAAGGCCUCACAGGGGUCCUCCAUGCCCCACACAGAGCCCCCCAAGGCCCCUGAGCUGUCCGCUGUCCUGGGCCUCGGCUUGGGCCUGGGCCUCCUUGCCCCUGUGGCUGCCAUGCUGGCCCUGCUCCUCCACCACAGGGCCUGGAGGCUGCUGACCAACACCCCCAAACCCCCAGGGGGAAACAGCUUCCGGACCCCUAUCCAAGAGGAGCACACUGAUGCCAACUCCAGCCUGGCCAAGAUCUGA